AUGUCAGCUAUUGCGGUGGCAGAGGGCCAGGAUAAUCUGAGCGGGAAGUUGAUCGCCUUAGAGGGAGACACCAAUGUCAUUACAACCCAGCUCAGAUUGCUCCCGCCCUCCCAGAAAAUACUCAUCCUGCCUGAUAUACCAGAAAUUUUGGUCCCGGAUGUUGAGAAGACCACUUUUGAUGCUCGUGCAUUCAUUCGGGAUCUCCAGAAGGCCGUGACGCAACGCACGGAGACCGCACGUUCAUUCCUGCGGACAUCCACCCCCACACAACCGAGGCUUGUCUUUACUGUACAUGGCAGUGUCAGCGCACGAACGACAUGCAUUACGAAAAUUUCGCAAAACAUCACGAAUGGGAAUAUUGAAGAAGCGGAAGCCGUAUUCAACAAUCUUGUGAAAGAUGGCAUUGCUGGUUUGGUGAAACCAGAAAAGGUUCUCGAGGAGGAGCAGGAGGAGGAGCAGGAGGAAGAAGACGAAGCUGUUACGGAAGAAGGAAACAUUGAAAGCGAGGAAAAGAAAACAGUAAAUGACGUUCCUGAAAAGGUAUCUACGGAUACAAGCGAUACCGAAGAGCAAGAUGCCGCAGAUUCCACUCAUGGGGGCUCCGCUUUGGAACAACUGCCAUCUCGUUCGAAAAACCUUCCGAAAUCUCGGGUCAUGGAUCUAGUACGAGACAUGGAGAAGCCAAGUCCUAUCAAAGGGCAAGCCGGAUUCAAGACCACGGGGAUACCUAUAUCCAGAUUUGCAUGUCCCACAAGCCAGCCCAACGACAAGAUUAUAAGGACUGUCUUGACAGUACCUAACCGUAAGAUGCCACUUGUUGAGAAGAGGACAACAUUCGGAUCUAACCAAGGAGCUAUGUGUCUCAACCGUUUUGCUGGAGUAAUGUCACAUCACGACGUCGAAGACACGGAUACAGACACGGACACAGACACCUACACGGACGAUGAGUUCUCUGGUCCGAGAAUCACAUCUCCUGGAGAAGAAUCCGUGCUAUCUGUUCCUCAAACACCAGGAGGAGUUGAAUAUGGCGAGGCGUGUCUAGUUGAUGUACAGUCUGGUUCUCCAACGAAAUCUGUAAAAAGAUCCCAGUCAGUUGACAAGCUCUACCCAAGCAAUUCCCGAUCACAGAACUAUUCAUCGAUUCCCCGUCCACUUAAGCAAAGCAAGUCGCAUUAUCAGCUGAGGCGCGAAGGUCCUACUUCACCUGUACUAGAGGAGAACAGACAGGAUUCUCAUCGCUUCCCAACGCUCCCAAGGACGACUUUUGUGAAGGCCUCGGAGACUACCAUCAGAAAAUCGCCCACGUCGUCCAGAUCAUCAAGGUCGUCAUCCAAUUCAUCCACCUCGUCCACAGAGACGCCGGAUCGUGCUGUUUUCGUGGAACGUGGAACUGAUGCUAUCGAAAUACCCACAAAGGAUUCACAAGAAAUACCGUUUGUACCAGUUUUCGAGCUUGCGGAAGACCUUGUAAUCCAUCUUACUGAUGAUCAACCAAGCGAGAUUUUUGAGUCUGUCCUACGAUCAUACAAGAAUGGCAGCUAUCCAAUCAUGCCUACGCUCGCUUCGCACACCCCUUCUGAAUCACCAUCUUCUCCCUCGUCACUGAUCAUUCAAGAGGGAUCAGAGGCAUCAAUCAGCCCGAGGUCCAUCUCAAGUCUGCAGCUUGAAGUGGACCCUGAGGUUCGGCCAGCAUCUUAUCCUACGAAUGAGGUCGAUGAUUUCGGAUACAAUCGCCGGUCAUUCGAUCCUUAUUCAGAUGAUAGCUACCCACCAGAUAUCAAGCGACCAUCCAGAGGGCAAGUCAGAUUAGCCGAGAGCUCCAUUUCAAAUGUUGCUCCUCCAACACCUCCUGUAGAGGAAGUGCCUCUUGUUGUCCCCGCGGAAGAAGAGAGUCCUUUGGAGAACAGAUUCGUUGAGUUCUCACCUGUCAAUCCUGGGAAUGCCAUAAGCGUUCACAACUCCUUCCGGGAACUUUUAAGCAUUCUGUUCCCGGCAAGCGAGAAUUACAGCCAAUACGUAUAUCCUGUUGCUCCCGAAGUCGACAGGCUGUGGAAGCCAGUGUUCAGGAAUGAAGAGAGUGGCCCAAUCGGUAUUGAGGGCAGGACUGUAGAUCAGAUCAUUGCUUUCGGUUGUGAUGAAGGUGUCAAGAAAGACUUUUUUUAUCAAAUUUCAGGGCAAAUCGAGAAGAUCGGGACAAAAAGGGAUGGGUCCAACCGCAGUGGAAAGAUUGAUAUCAGGUUCUUGAUUUCCAACAUCAUGCAGAGUUAUGUCAACUCGUCAGUUACACCGCAUGCACCAAGUCCGAUCUCAGAUCCACACAUCCUCGCUUCCCUACUCGUCCCUCACAUCGAGGCAUUCCUUGCCAGCAAUGUUAGCACUCGUUUACUCAUUCUUCACUAUUCUUCUGCCGAUCUUGCCACCAUCUUCGCCCUUCGCAACAUUCUAGGAACGAACCUAUUCAAGAUUGCCGGUAUCCUUGAUUCUCUUGCCUCUGAUCCUCCGUCCAUAUCUCGUCCGGGGACCUCUAUGUCCUCACGGCCUCGCUCACCCAUACCCACCAAUACUCUACAGAAGGAAUCCAUCACCACCCGCCAGCAAUCCCGCCAGUCUCUCCACCGUGAAUCUAUCACAAAUAUACAGCGAAACUCGGCCACUAAUUCACCCAAAACGCCAAAAACUCAUGCCCCCAAGCCGACAAUCUCAUUCGCCAAAGCGGAUUACCUACUUCCUAGCACAGCCACCGACUCGGAAAUCACCACCUUCCUUUCGGGAAUGUGGAAAGCGUUGAUGGAGAAAUCAACCUUCUACACUCCGGAGCCAGAGCCCAAACCAGUCAUCAUUGAGCGACCACCCCUGCCACCUACACCAUCUUCAAACAGUCCUCGAGACCGCGACUCAGGAUAUCCACCGUCCUCGUUCCAACAAACACCGCGCGCAUCCAAAGUAUCCCGCCUCACAGGCGGAGCCGUAGCAGGCUCCACCCGCGGCGGUAACUAUCCCCCAUCAAUCAGCACCGUGACGACUCGAGGGAACGGGUAUGCCGCAUCGACGACCACGACUAUCACGAACAGACACAAGUACGCUGCAUCGAUCGCAAGUACCAAGACUACUGCUAGCGAACGGGAACGCAAGCGUGGCGACAAGGAGUGGGAGAAUUUCUACAUCGCCGAAGAUGAUAGUGAGGAUGAUGAGUAUGAUAAGAUGAUUCUGGGGAGGGGCAUGCAGAGGAUUGUGCCGGAGGUGAGAAAGGUUGGGCAGAAGGCUAACACGAAGAAGGCGUUGAAGUGGUUGGGUUUAGCAUGA